CACCAAACACCCCAAAAUGGACAUCAUACACCACCAAAACCACCUCUUCAUAACCACCGCCCUAUCCUACCUCACUACACCCAUCCCAUCCUACUCCCUCCGCCGUAUCCGAGCCGAAUUUCUCGCCGCAACCAAAAACGGCCCAACAUCCCCACAGUGCGAUUUCAUCUCAUUCCGGCCAGUCAGCCCCGACCACCUCUUCGAAAUCAUCGGCACCAUAGUCGGCCCAGUCGGCAGCCUUUACGAAGGAGGCAUUUUCCAUAUCCACAUCCGCAUCCCACCAUUGUAUCCUGAUCUACCGCCGGUAUGCAUGUUCAUGACGAAGAUCUGGCAUCCGAACAUUGGUCCAUACGGGGAAGUCUGUUUGAAUAUUUUGCAAGAUGAGUGGAGCCAGGCACUUUCUGUGAGGACUGUUCUGCUGUCGCUUUCUGCUAUGUUGGGGGAUCCGGGGAUGGGGGUGGAAGGUGGUAAUGUUGUGUAUGGCUUUGCGAAUGAGGACGCGGGGAGCAUGUUUUUGGAUAAUCGGGCGAUGUUUGAGAUGGCUGCGAGGGAUUGGACGAUGAUGUAUGCCUCGGGGGCGGACACUUCAGAGUGA